AUGGCUCAUCUGCGGUUGCCCUUGAAGCUUAGCAACGUCAAAGCGUUCCCGAGUUUCGGUGGGCGAACACGCCCGAUCUCGACCGGCGCUCGUCCGCAGCAAGAUCUCAAGUACACCAGCAAGAAGGCUCCCCCAUUCCAGUCUGGACAACCAUUGUUCGAGACACGACCAUUUUUAAUGAAACGCGGUGAAUUAACCCCUGGGAUAACGGCUCUAGAAUAUUACGAACGGAGGACUAAACUGGCCACAAGAUUGCCUGCAAAAAGUUGUGCAAUUGUGGUUGGUUCACAACUCAAAUACGCUUCUGGUCCUGUUUUUUAUCCCUUCCAGCAGAAUAAUGACUUGUUUUAUCUUAGCGGAUGGAACGAGCCUGAUUCUGUGAUGGUUUUAGAGAAACCAACGGAUAAUCUUGACGAAGUUUUAUUUCACUUGAUUGUCCCCCCUAAGGAUACCUUCUCUGAACAAUGGGAGGGAUUUCGAAGUGGGGCAGAUGGAGCCUGUGAGAUCUUUAAUGCGGAUGAGGCUACUGAUAAUCGUCAAUUAGCACCAUAUCUCAGCAAAAUCAUCAAACGUAACAAAUUCAUUUAUUUCGACAAUCCUUCCUCCAAGCCCGCUGCAAAUAAUUCAGCCAGCUUUGGAUCAUUUUUCUCCCUUCGUCAAAAUCCCUCUGCUAAUGACACAGUUACGGAUAUUAUAAAAUACACAGGCUCAGGAAACAAUGUUCGUGGUCUUAAGAGAAUAGUUUCUGACCUCAGACUUAUCAAAUCUCCCGCCGAAGUGGCAGUCAUGAGAAGAGCCGGUCAAAUUUCCGGUAGGGCCUAUAACCAAGCAUAUGCGAAAAAGAUUCGUAAUGAACGGACUUUGCAAUCAUUUUUGGAAUACAAAUUCAUCUCAGGUGGAUGUGAAAAGUCUGCGUAUAUACCUGUCGUUGCAACGGGUUCUAACGCACUGUGCAUCCAUUAUACGAGAAAUGACGAUGUGAUGUUUGAUGAUGAAAUGGUGCUAGUAGAUGCCUCCGGUUCUCUUGGAGGAUAUUGCACUGACAUCUCGAGAACUUGGCCGGUCAGUGGGAAAUUUACUUCAGCUCAGCGCGAUCUUUAUGAAGCGGUUUUGAAUGUUCAGCGGAAAUGCAUUGAGCUGUGUAAAGCGUCAAGUCUGUAUUCGAUGCAUGAUCUCCAUCAAAGGAGUACUUCUUUUCUGAAAGAGGAGCUCAGAAACGUUGGUUUUGGAAAUUUGACCUCAUGGGAUCUAGCCAAAAUUUAUCCUCACUACAUUGGCCACAAUUUAGGUUUAGAUGUGCAUGAUGUUCCCGAAAACUCUCGUCAUCAGCCUAUUCAAGCUGGACAGGUCAUAACGAUUGAGCCUGGUAUUUACAUACCUGACGAUGCCAAUUUUCCUUCGCAUUUUAGAAACAUGGGUAUAAGGAUCGAAGACGAUAUCGCUGUUGGUGUCGACACCUAUACUAACCUUACUGUCGAAGCCGCCAAAGAAAUAGAUGACAUAGAGUCUAUUGCACAAAAUGGCGUGAAAACUCAUUACGAUGAAGACGUCGUUUCUCCUCUUCUCCAGAAAUGA